ACUAUUUUUGGAAUUGCUGUAUGCUGUUUCAUUUAUUGUGUUUAUAUGCAGGGGUGAUGUUGACGUGUGACGUUGCACGUGAUUUGAUAUUUAAGUAUGUGAAUUAUUUAUAGCUAUUAAAUGGUUAGAUUACAGUAGUUAUUAUCUAUUAAUGGUUAUGGUUGGUUCAUAGUCCUUUCAGAAAGUUAUAUAUAGUUGAGGUACUCUAAAAUAUGAACCUUGAUAAACCUUCCUAAUUAGGUAACAAGUGAAAUGUAUAACCUUUUCAAAAUUGCGAAAUUGAAUUUUAUUUAGCCGCCAAUUAUUAUAACCUUACAUACUUCUUAAGAAGUCAAUAUAAUUAUGAAUAAUAACUGCAAUGACGAUAUGUCAGUCAUAUAUACUGAUAUUCUGAUCGACAUCUAUGAAUGGUUACCGCUUCAAAAACAUUUAUAUUACUUCCCCCAUUUGUUUGGUAAUUAUAUUUCAAAACGAUAUUUUAAAGAUCAUGAUUUACUUUCAAUUUACUUAAAAUUCACUCCUCAUACUAAAUUACACCCUGGAAAUCUCACUAUUGAAAGUUGUAUGGCCAAAUGUGAAUGGAGAUUAGGUACUAUUUUCAAUUUGUAUAUGGAAGAAUAUCGUUGGCAAGAUUUUAAUGAUUCACCUCCUUUAACUUUAUAUCAAAAAUUUUGGAGGAAUGCUGAAAUCAAACAGAUCAAAAAGAGAGAAUCGUUAUAUUUGAAUGAGAUUGAAUGUGAUUAUCCUGAUGAAAUAAUGUAUAUAAGAUGUCAAUUAAUCACUUCCAUAUUAGUGGUUCAUCAUUGUCCUCAUUUAAAAGCUUAUAAUAAGAAAGAUUAUUGGAAAAUUAUGAGAUAUAUACAAGAUUUAAUUCAACAUUUAAAUGAUGAAAGGGUAUAUUAUUUAACUAAUCAUAAAUCAUCAACCAAUAAUCCUCCUCCUCAAUUCCCUAUUGAAAUGGUUGAAUGGUUUGAUUAUUUCAUUCAAUGUGAUUUUAAUAAAAUUUAUGAAUUUGAACCUCCAAUAUUUAAAAUUGAAAUUAAUAAACCAAUUAAGAAUUUAAUUGAUUACCCAUAUGAUUCAAAAUUAAAAGAAGAAGAUACUAAUUUAUCAUAUUCUACCAUAUCAACUGGUUCACCUGAUUUAUUUUCAUCAUCACCUAAUUCUCCUAUGGAUUCAAUUCCAACCAGUAUUCCUCCUACCACUUCAAAAUUAACAUCAUUGAAAGAACAACAUGAUCCAACUAAUAAUAAUAACUUUGUUAAUAAAUUAUAUCAAUUUUGGGAUUACUCAUAUGAAUAUUAUCGAUUAAAAGGGAUUUGUGGAGAAUUUGAAUCACCAAUUAAAUUUUUAAAAUUAAGAAAAGAUCAAAAGAAUCGGAAACAAAUAAUGAUGGAUUGGAAAGGAUCAGGAUGGCCUAAUCAUAUAUUAGAAUUAGAAAAUGAUUUUCAAUAUCUUAGACGUAAACUUCGUGAUGAAUAUUAUGAUUUAACUAGUUUUGAAAUAUCAAAUAUGAUAAAACAAUUGAAAAUAUUAGAAAACCAAAUUAAAUUUGAAAAGAUGAAAUAUCCUCAUAUUAAAUUAGCUCCCUUACAACUAUUAUAUCCUGAAAGAAUUGAAUAUAAUGAAUUACCUCAAGAUUUAGUUAAGAAGUUGAUAUCUACUAAAGAUCAACAAUUCCUUUCCCCAAGAAUCAUACUUCGAGAUUCCAUUAUAGCAAAGUUUCAAAAUCUUUUAACUAAAUCUACAUAUAAUGAAGAAAUUAAAUUUGAAUCAAAGGGUCAACUUCCAAAGGUUGAAGAAUAUCAAGAAGAUUUAAUUAAUCUUGAUGAUAAGAAUAUGGUAAUUCAAGAUGAAUCUACAGUUCAAAAUUUAAGUUCAUUAUUAAAUUUAUAUACUGGAUCAAUUAAUGAUGCAUCUUUAAGACAUAUUUCUGAUUCAACCGCUACUAACAAUUGUUCAUCAAUUUUCAGUUCAGUAGUGAUGAAUGAUGAAGAAGAGGAAGUGGCAGAUGAAACAAUUGAUGAAUCUCGAAUUCAACAGAAAGCUCAUGAUCAACAUUCUGAUUUGGUUUCUAUUCCUAUGGCUGUUAUAAGAGCCAUUGCUCGAGAUUCAGAUUUAUAUCAAGGAUUUCAAAAUGAUACUAUAACUUCUAUACUUGAAGAAAGUCCAUGGCAUGAAACAUAAUACACUAAUAUAUAUAUAUAUAUAUAAUCUAAGAAAGUAAAUUAAAUUAAUUCAUUUUUUAACAUUAAAUACAAUUUUUAGAAGACGACAAUUUUAUUUUUUAAAUAAUCAUAACAUGGGAAAGACAAACCUAUACAAAACAACAAAAUAUUAGUUAAGAAUAAUACAAAAGAAGAAGGAAGUGGGAAAAGUUAAAUAAUCGGGGUUUUUUUAGAUCUAUUAAUACUCUGCUGUAUAAGCUGUUGAGUUAAAUUCUUGAAAGUUUUGAAAAUUCUCAUCUCUAUUGCCAUUCUGUAUGUUUCCAUUUGUAGAUGAUUGAAUAUGAGAUGAAUUUGAUUGUUCUAUAGAAGGAGGUUGAGAUGGGGGUUGAGAUUGUGGUUGCGGUUGCGGUUGCACUUGUGAUUGAGAUUGGGCUUGUUGUUGUUGUUGUUGUUGUUGUAAGAG